GAGCGGGUACCGAUGCCAACGUGUCCUUGAUCCUGUUUGGGGAGAACGGGGACAGUGGGACCCUGGCUUUGAAGGAGUCCAACAAGUCUAACAAGUUUGAAAGGAACCAGAUGGAUGAAUUCAGCUUCUCAGACAUGCUGAGCCUAGGAGAUCUCUGCAAAGUUCGGAUCUGGCAUGACAAUAAAGGAAUCGCACCAGGUUGGCACUUGGAAUAUAUUGAUGUGAUGGACUCUGCCACAGACAAGACAUUUCGCUUUCAGUGUGAUCGCUGGCUGGCUAAAGGUGAAGAUGAUGGGCAGCUGAUAAGGGAGCUGGCUUGUGCCAAUAAUGACAUCCUGGAACUGAAGGAGCGCACUGCCUAUGAGAUUGUCACAGUAACAAGUGACAGAGAGGAUGCAGAAACAAAGGAAAACAUCUGGAUCAUCCUAGAAGGAAAGCUGGGCCGCUCCAAAGAAUUCCUUAUGGAAAACUCCUCCAAGAAAAGGAGAUUUGAAAGGGGUGCAACAGACACAUUUCAGUUCUCUUCAAAGAACGUUGGGGAUAUUGCAGCCAUUUGUGUCGGUCACUGCCCAAAAGAUGGGAAGAAGUCAUCUGCAAAAGCUGAUGUCUUCUGGCACGUCCAAGAGAUUAUCAUAACGGAGAUGGAGCUUUGCAACAG